AUGAAUGCCACUUGGUGUAAGAAUUUUCCAGCUACUUUGAAAGGGAUAGCACAAAAGUGGUUCAAUAAUCUUCCUCCUAACUGUGUGAAUAAUUUCAUGAAGCUUAGUAUUCUGUUCACUAGCCAUUUUGUAGCAAAUCGGCAGGAGGGUAAAACUAGCAUGCGUUCGGGGAAAGUUAUCCAGGGACCAAAGGAGGCUUUAAGAAGUUUUGUUAAGAGAUUUAAUCUAAAGGCAUUGCAGAUUCAGGAUCGGAAUGCAGGAGUGGCCUUUGAAGCCUUCAUCAGGGGUCUGAGGCCAGGAAGUUUCAAAUUUGAUAUGGUAAAUAAAGAGAUCACCACUCUUGCCGAAGCUCUCUGGGAGGCUGAACCAUUUAUCCACGCAACAGAAGUAUGUGCAGAGGAAAAACAUCCGGAAACAAAAAAGACUGAAGAAGCAGUUCAGCCAAAAAGGAACAAUCCCAAGAAAUUUGAAACUUGGGCGUUGACUUCAAUGACGACCUCAUCCAGGAGAAGUAAAAGAAGUGAACCAGCAGCAUCGGCGAAACCUAUAGAAUUAAGUAAAGAUCAAUACUCCAUUCUUAUGGAGAUAAAAGAUCAACAUGAAUUAGAGGCGCUAGCUGAAAUGAAAACUCCCUAUAGGAAUAGGGACAUGAGCAAACAUUGUCACUUCCAUAAAGAUUGUGGCCAUGAAACAAAUGAAUGCAAGCAUCUGAAGAGAGCCCUGUAA